AUGCCGCGUCCUCAGUCGGACCCGGGACGGGAGGAGAAGCCACCCUUCUCCUACAUAUCGCUCACAGCCAUGGCCAUCUGGUCCAGCGCCGACCGGAUGCUGCCCCUCUGCGAGAUAUACCGCUUCAUCACCGACCGCUUCCCCUACUACAGAGGCAACUGCAAGAAGUGGCAGAACUCUCUGCGCCACAACCUCUCCUUCAACGACUGUUUUGUGAAGGUACCGCGCCGACCGGGCCGGCCGGGCAAGGGGGCGCUCUGGACGCUGCACCCGAGGGCGCUCAGGAUGUUCGAGGACGGGUCUCUGCUUCGCCGCCGACGCCGCUUCCGCCUGGACGGGGACGAGAAGACCAAGCUGACCACGGCGCUGAGAAACGUCACCGACGUCGCGCUGCCGCGCUCUCUGGACGGAGACGGGAAGAGAGACGCGCUGUUUGACGAUGGAGUCAUGCAGUGCCGAACUGAAACCAAGCCCCGCUGA